AUGCUGUCACUCGUUAUCAUCAAAUAUUUGGUUGCUUUAACGAUAAUUGCAAUAUUAUCAGUUACUGAAACGGAUGCACUGGCAUUGGCAUUUAAUCCUGUUACUUUCUCACAAAACAUGAGAGUAGGAGGCAACACUGUGGCCGAUAAUGGCAACGCAAUGUAG